AGCACUAUUUUACUGCAUCGUCGUCGUCGCGACGAAGGUAAGAAGGCUUUGCUUCGUAUCGGAAAGAGUUUACGAGUGGAGGAAGAGUGGGAGGGAUCGAUAGGUGUGAUGGAUUAUGAAGUGUGCAGUGUGCGAGUUUUUCAAGCGUAAGUGUAAAUGACCGGGGGUGAUGAUCACGGGCGUUGGAGAGAGGCGAGACAAUAAGUAAACGCUCGCGCGCCGCGAGCCCGAAGAAAUAUAUAUAUAAAUAUUCGAAAGUGUAAGUAUAGGUAUAUAUACAUAUAUCCUCGCGCGCACAAGCAUAUAUAAAAAUCAGUGUGUAUAACAUCGCGCAUCGAGUCCCGCGCACACAAGACUCGCGCAUAGCGCAGCAUUAUAGAGAGCCUAUAGACUAUACACUAGAGCCGCAGAGCGCAGCGACGAUCAGAGAGUCGGCUGUCGGCAUGUCGCCGUCAUCGUGGCAGCACUAUGGCGUACGCUAGCGGCUUCGGCGGCGAGAGCGGCGACCAGGCCAGACUACUGCAGAGGAUGAAGGAGAGCAGCUUGGCGCGCAGCAUUGAGCAUCACGGCGGCUCAUCCUCCAGUAGCAUGAUGUACAAGACCGGCCGUAGCUGUUUCAGGCCGCUCUACCUCAUGUGCCUAAGCAGGACCAUACUCGUUCUCGGAUUCCUCUUCGUCAUCUAUCAGAGCUACAACAAUUGCAAGGCUCAGGAAGAACUAUGCAGAAUGACCAGGGAUUCUUUAGAAGCAAUAAGGGCUGCAUCGGUUGCCUGCAAAAAUAUAAAUGAACCGGUGCACAUGCCGAUGCCCACCAGUGCAAAGAUAUGUGAUGCUGUGACAGAGUACAACGAAAUAGGAAAGCCAAACGAUGGCCCUACUAUUUACGCAAUAACACCCACAUUUACAAGGCCUGUACAGAAAGCUGAACUCACAAGAUUGUCACAAACUUUUCUGCUCGUACCAAAUUUCCAUUGGAUAGUCGUAGAGGAUUCUAUUAAAAAGACUCCAUUAGUUACUAAUCUGCUUGCUUCGAGCGGCCUUACUUAUACACACAUUAAUGCACCUACGCCACCGCACUACAAGCUUGGGAAAAAUGAUCCAAACUGGAAAAAGCCCAGGGGAGUGGAGCAGAGGAACGCUGCUCUCAGGUGGAUCAGGAAUAAUCUCAACGAAAGCCACAACGGUGUUAUCUACUUUGCUGAUGAUGACAACACAUAUUCUCGAUUUUUGUUCAAAGAGAUAGCAAAGGUAAAGAGAGUUGGUGUAUGGCCAGUAGGUCUUGUUGGUGGCCUAAUGGUUGAAAGGCCCAUCUGUGACAAAGCAACAGGCAAGGUGACAGGCUUCAAUGCUGUAUGGAAACCCGACAGGCCAUUCCCCAUUGACAUGGCUGGAUUUGGAAUCAAUUUGAAAGUUAUUUUGGAGAAGAAGGAUGCAUUGUUUGCAUAUGAGAUUCAAAGCGGCUUUCAAGAGAGCGAGAUUCUCAAACAAGUCACCCAUAGAGAUGAACUAGAAGGACUGGCUGAUGGCUGCUCCAAGGUAUACGUUUGGCAUACGCGAACACAGCCUCCCGUCCUGAAUACCGAAACACUCUUGAUCAAAAAGGGAAAAUCGUCCAACCAAGGAAUCGAAGUGUGAUAAAAGUAAUUCCGUCCGAAUUCUUUAAAGAUGGAAUUAACUACACAAUCGAGCGCGUUUGUGUCUUUGAGAUUUGCCAUAUCAUAUCUAGUAGGUUACACGCAGUGCCAGUGUUACUUUUAAAUCUCUUUUUCCCAAAGCACAUUCGCCAAGAAUGAAACCACGCUUACUCAAGACUCAUGCUGCUUUUUACGUCGACGCCGAGUCAAAACUACGGGGCGUGAACUGUUCUUGAAGAGAGAAGCAUUUUUUCACCGGACUUGACCCGAAAAGUGUAUAAUAAAAGUGCCGCCCUUCGCGGGGCUAAAUGAACAUGGACUAUUAUCGAGGCUGGGUAGAGGUGUGCAAGUACUCGCUUUGCGCGUGUAUGGUAUUUAAGCAAUGACAUUGAAAAGUCCUAAAGCGGAAAUACGACAGGCUCGUAUUCCCCUCAUCAAUUCUGCACACCAAUGCCAUAUUACGCGUAAGGCUCUGUUGUAUCUAUUUAUAAUAAUAAAAGGAUGAUAAGAGUAAAAUUGCGAAAAAAAUAAGUAA